AGCCCUCAUGGAUAGUUGUCGGAUUUGUUUCCCCUGAGCCAUGGCAGGAACUCCCUCUUGCACUGUUUAUCUUCAGUCGUCCCUCAGUGUCUUUCAAAAUUGUGCUUCAUAUGAGGUAUGAUAUCAAGUCCCCUGUCCACAGAGCCCUCGACUUCUCAUUCCAGUCUGGAUUAGAGGCUCUCUAGGUCUGCUGCUUAUGCCCAGCUGGAAGCCCAGCGCUCAUCCUUGGCUUCCCUUCUCUGUGGUUGAUUUUCCUGAUUCUGAGAUCCCACAUCUCUCUCUCUUUUGGUUAUUCUCCACCCCAAUCCAUCAACACACCACACACACACACACACACACCACACUACUCAACACACACAGACAACACACACCACCUUUUUCUUUUCCUGUAACUCAUUCUCAAGGAACUUUCUAUAAACUCUGGUGUAGAGUUAGGGCUGCUAUAAAGAUGGGAUGGGGCGUGGGGUUGGUGAACUUAUCCCCUGCUUGCCUCUCUGCCUCCCUCUCAUCUUGCUCCCUCUCUGGGGCUCUGCCCAGGAGACCGUUCUUGCCUGUACAGUCUCUCUCUGUCUCUCUCCCUCCACCCCUCUUUAUUCAGCUAUGGCUCCUCCAUCCAGUUUUCAAACUUUUCUUGAAGACUCUCAUGUCCUAUUGCAUCCUUUCCUGUUUUUUAUUAGCAGCAGAGGGAGGGAGGCAGGGUCUAGGUUCUUGAGCCCAGAGAGUGAUUGGAAACCAGUCUACCAUAGACAAGAGUUCUGACCUUUGGCAAGUCACGUAACACCUAUGCUUCCUUACCUCUAUAUAGGAGUGCAGGGGUCCAUACCUCAAGGUCACUGGAAUGAUAUGAGUUAUUUUUAAAGCCUUAGAGCAGCUACUGGUGUAGAGCAAAGACCACAAACACAAGCCACUCUUAUCAUUCGCUGUUAUUAGACCUUCUAGUACCUUUACCAUCGUUUCAGUCAGGUCUCAGGAGGGGCAGUUGAUAAAACUGUUCUUUUUCCUUCUUGCAAAUAUGCCUACAUGUAAUCAAUGUUUGCUUUCUCUCUUCAUCUCCCAAGGCAAGAUAAGCACAGCAAAACUGAAAGAAAUUCUCUUGAUGUAAAGAUUUUUUUUUUAAGGCUACUGAAAAUUGGUAAAACCGAAAGGAUGGACAUGCUCAUGUGUUAUGAGUGUGAAUGUCGUUGCUACACUUUGUUUGCACAACAGGGUGACUCCAGGGAGGAACAUUUUUAGAUGCUGAUACCCUCGGACCCAGUCAUUCUAUUUCUAGAAACAGCUUAAGGAAAGAAUCUCAAAUGUAGGCAAAGUUUCAUGCAGGAAGGCUGCUCUUUGCACUGUUAUUUACAUAAAGAACAAGAAACAACUCCAAGUCCAGCAGGCAGGGGAGGAGAGCCAGGAGGGUGCUUGGCAGCCCACAGCAGGGCUGCGGGGACUGGGCUGGGCCCGUGGAGUCCAGACCCUUGUGAGAGAAAGGCUGAUGCAGAAGCAGGGAGGGUGUGGGCUAUGGGAAGCUGCAGGACAGGAAACUGAUGCAGGCAGAGACUGGAGCUCCAGGGGCAACAUGUCAUGUUGGAAUGAGGAGUCAGGACCCACCAACAGAUCCACAGAUAUUUCUGUAUGUUCGUGGGAGUAGAGCUUAGUCAUCACAAACGUGGGAUUCGGAUCUGAAAGAGUUGGGUUCAAAUCCAGGCUCUGGCACCAAUGUGAAAACUUGGACAGACCUGAGUUUACGUGAGUUUCAGGAGCCCUGCUCAUCAAAGACACUGGAUCAGUAUUAACUAUUGCCAAUGAGUAGACACUAAUGUUCCCAAACCACAGGUGAUUUCCAGAGUAUUCCCUUCCUCUCUUUUCUUCUGAGUUUGGUUUUGUGGCCUCUCUAACUUAGCAGCUGGCUGUCCCUUGUCUGAUGAGCUUCUCCUUGGGCCCCAACGGGAGAACAGGCCUCUGACUUGGCUUGGAGGGAGCUGGAGGGAGGUGAGUCACUUUCCUGAAAUAGCAGCCAGCAGAGCCCAGGACACCGAGGAACCCGCUGGGUGGAGGCCGCUGGGCCCUGGGGGCUGUGCCUGGGGGAUCUGCAGGAGACCUGUCCCCCCGCUGCCCCUGCUCACUCAGGGUCAAGGCCACAAUCUGUUUUCUCUUCCCCAAGGGCGAAGUCACACCUCGUUCCAGCCUGACCCAGACGGAGUGGAAGGGAGAUUCCUGAGACCCUGCGGCUGCCACCAUGAGCUCAGAUGAGGACCACUCAGAGAGUGAAAGCUUUUUUGAGGAGGUCGCUGAGUAUUUUCGGAACACAGUGAGAAGGGAAGAACUGCAGCUCCUGCUCACUGAAGGCAAAGCCUGGGAGAAAUUUGUGACUGAGGCUGAUUUGUCCAGGGAAGAGGCAGAUGCACUGCGUGAGUAUCUGAAGGAGCUGGAAACAGACUUGGCCUUGGAGGACAAAGACUCAUUCCCACAAGACCAGCUGGAGAGAACGAGGUUUUUGCAGGAGUUUCCCCGAGUGAAACUGGAGAUCGAGGCGCAAAUAGGAAAGCUGCGUGCGCUUGCGGCCAAGGUUGACAAGGUGCACAGGGACUGCACCAUCUCCAACGUGGUGGCCACCUCCACCGGUGCCGCGUCCAGCAUCCUGGCCAUUCUUGGCCUGGCUCUGGCACCCGUGACAGCAGGGUUCAGUCUGGCACUCUCUGCCACUGGGUUAGGGCUGGGAGUAGCGGCCUCUGUGACCGGUGUGUCCGCCAGCAUUGUGGACCAGGUCAACAGUUCAUUAGCAGAAAGCGAAGCCAGUCGCCUCAUGUCCACCAGCUUCAACAAAGCGGAGGUGAUUUCAGAGUCUCUGGGCAAGAGCACACCCCAAAUUGUGUCCUUAACAAAGAAUUUCAUCCAAGUCUUGCCACGCAUUGGGAAGAAUGUCCAGGCCAUCAAGCUGGCCAAAGCCAGCCCUCGCUUAGCAGCCAAUGCCAAGCGCUUCAUGACCGCUGGGCAAGUCUCAGUUCGAAACAGUAGGCUGGUGAAGAAAACGUUUGGAGGGACAGUUCUGGCAAUGACCAAAAAUGCCCGGAUCAUCGGUAUGGCCACUGCAGGUGUUGCCCUUCUGAUGGACGUGGGCUUCCUGGUGAAAGAGUCAAUCCACUUGCAGCAGGGGGCAAAGGCAGAGUCAGCAGAAAGGCUGAGACAGCAGGCCCAGGAGCUGGAGAAGAAGCUGGAGGAGCUCACCAGAAUCUAUGAGAGUCUGCAGUAAGGCCUGACUCCACCACCCCCAGAGCAGUGCAGAGACACGUCCGGGGCCAACACGCAGCGGUGCCUUGGAGGCCAAGAGACGUGGACAUAAGAUGAUAAAAGUGGGGAAGCUGAGCUGGUCUCUCUGACUCUUCUUUUGGUCUAUCUUCUGGACUAUGCCGUUUCCCCAGAAGAUGAGAAAUCUGAAACCCUUCAAGAGUCAAAAGAUGUCAUUUUCUUCCCUGAAAUUCUUCCUCUUGGCUUGAUGAGUCACAAAACUUCAAGCACCAUUGUUCAAAAAUUAUUUCAAAAAAGUAUAGAAUAAACGUCAUCUUUUCCGUUUUGUCUCUCA